ACCCCUGAACGCGGUCGUCGCUCUUGCUCUGAGUCCUCUCAUUUCGCCUGUCGCGGCGUCACCUGAAGACUUUCGGUCCCAGGAGUCUGGGCCCGGUUCCUGCUAAAAUCGCUCUGAGGCAGGCACCGGCCCCAAGUUUCUGCCUUCGGUCCGUAUAGACGCUGACCUGCAGCGCUGUUUUCCUGCUCUGAAUGCCUUUAUCAAACCUCUCUCCGACUCCCGGCUCCCUACCCGACCUCACCCUCCUCGGCCCGAUUUCGUUCUGACAAGUCCUCAAUCCUGGAGGAUGGAUCACCCUUGACCUCCAAGGAGAGCGGAAAGGGACUGCUGAGGCAAAAGUUUCUGCAACUAGUGAGGCAUCAGAAGUAUUGUGCAGGAAGAACGUCAGAAUAAUCUUACCUGAGAAAGAAGCUCAGAGGAAGAGGAAAGAAAGAAGGGAUGGCCCUUUCCCAGAUUCUUCCUCACUGUGACCCAGUGACCCGGAACUUGGGAAGAGGGUCCUUUUAGGCGAUCCUCCUGUGAAAGGUUUUGUUCUCACGUGGACUGGAGGGACUAUUUACAUUCAGGGAUGUGACCAUCGAAUUUUCUCAGGAGGAAUGGGAAUGCCUGGCCCCUUCUCAGAGGGCCCUGUAUAGGGACGUGAUGCUGGAUACCUACAGGAACCUGGUCUCCCUGGGUGAGGAUAACUUCUCUCCGGACGUUGAUGAUCUUAUAGGAAUCCUUUCUGCUGGAUUUGGAAUUAACAAAUUAUCACCAAGAGAGAACACUAAUGUAGGAGAAUUAUACGGAAAUGAAAACCAUGGCAUCAAGGAUUUUGACCUCGAAGAAGUCUGUGAAAAUAUGCAGAAGAGUGAGAGUGAGUGGGGAUGUGAUGCAAGAAAUGACAAAGACUUGCUUUUGACCCAUAACAAAAAUCUCAGUCAGAGAGAAGAUCAGUAUAAUAAAUCCUUAAUUAAUUUUCCUCAGAGUGUUUCUGUAAGAAGUAAUACAUAUGAAUAUUUCAUGCAUGACAAGUCAUUCCUAAGAAGUUGGUUAACAGUGAAAAAUAACAUGAACAUUGCUGGAAACAAAGAUAUAAAGUGUUUAGACAAUAGAACUGGAGCAAGGCUGCCGGCACAGGUGGCUGAACUGCAGAGAUUUACAACUGAGGAGAAAAUGUAUAGAGGCACUCAAGUUGAGAAGUCAGUCAGCAAUGGUUUCUCAGUUUCCCCACUUCAUAGAAUUCCUCUGACUGUGGAAACUACCGUGUUACCCACACAACACAGGAGAACACACACUGAAGAAAAAUCUUACAACUGUAAUGACUGUGGGAAGGUUUUUAGCAAAAGCUCAAACCUCAGAAAUCACAGGAGAAUUCACUCUGGACAGAAACCUUACAAAUGUAAUGUGUGUGGCAAAGCCUUUAACCAGGGUUCUAAUCUCACUACACAUCAGAGAGUGCACACAGGAGAGAAACCAUAUAAAUGUGAUGUCUGUGGCAAGGUCUUUAGUAGAAACUCACACCUUGAAAAUCAUCAGAGGAUGCACACUGGAGAGAAACCUUACAAAUGUAAUGAAUGUGGUAAGGCGUUUAUCCAGCAUUCACUCCUUUGGAGUCAUGAGAAAAUGCACAGUGGUGAGAAACCUUACAAAUGUAAUGAAUGUGGCAAAGCAUUUGCUGAGCGGUCAAGCCUUAACAAACACAAGAAAAUCCAUACUGGAGAGAAACCGUACAAGUGUGCUGUGUGUGGCAAAGCCUUUACCAUGAGAUCAAAUCUUACUCAACACGAGACAAUCCAUACUGGAGAGAAACCUUACAAAUGUAGUGAGUGUGGCAGAGCUUUUACCCAAUUUUCACGCCUUAGUCGACAUCAGAAAAUGCACACUGGAGAGAAACCACACAAGUGUAAUGUGUGUGGUAAGGCUUUUAUUGAACUUUCACAACUUUGGGGUCAUGAGAGAAUUCAUACUGGAGAGAAACCACACAAAUGUAAUGUGUGUGGCAAGGGAUUUACCCAACGUUCAAGCCUUAUGGCACAUCAGAGAAUUCAUACAGGAGAAAAAUCUUACAAAUGUAAAGACUGUGAUAAGGCCUUUAUCCAACGUUCCCAACUUUGGGGUCACGAGAGAACUCACACUGGAGAGAAACCUUACAAAUGUAAUGAGUGUGGUAAAGCUUUCACAAUGCGUUCAUACCUUACUCAACAUAAAACCAUCCAUACUGGAGAGAAACCUUACAAAUGUCAUGAAUGUGGCAGAGUUUAUACCCAAUUUGCAAGCCUUAGUAGGCAUCAAAAAAUGCGUACUGAAAACAGACAUAAAUCCAACACAUGUGGCAGUGCUUUUAUUCAGAACUUGAGCUUUGGGGAUCAUCUGACAAUUCAUAGUAGAAAGAAACCUUAAAAUGUAAUGCCUGACACAAAACUUGUGCAAGUAUUCAAGCCCUACUCAGGUUGAGAGACUCCAUCAUGGAGGAGACAUACAGAUGGCCAAUAGGUACAUGAUACGAUGCACAGCAUCACUAAUCAUCAGGGAAAUUCAAAUCAAAACCACAAUGAGAUACUACCUCACACUUGUCAGAAUGGAUUGUCAUCGAAAGGAAAAGUCACAGUGUUGGUGAAGAUGAGAAAAGGGAACCUCAAGCACUUUUGGUAGGAUUGUAAAUUGGUAGCUACUAUGGCAAACUAUGGCCACUCCUCAAAAAAUUAAAAAUAGAGCUGCCAUAUAAUCCAGCAGUUGCACAUCUAGUUAUUUACCUAGAGAAAACAGAAAUGCUCAUUCAGAAAAUAUAUGCACUUUGUUGUUGAUUGUACCAUUAUUUAUAAUAGCCAAGGUAGGGGACUUCCCUCGUGGUCUAGUGGCUUAGAAUCUGCAAUUCCAUUGUAGGAGGUAUGGGUUCAAUCCCUGGUCAGGGAGGUAAUCCCACAUGCCUUAAGGCCAAAAGAACAAAACAUAAAACAGAAAGAAUAUUGUAACAAAUUCAAUAAAGACUUUUAAAAUGGUCCAUAUUAAAAAAAAAAAUUUUUUUUAACAAAAUAGCCAAGGUAAGAAAGCUACCAAAAGUCCACCAAUAGGUGAAUCAAUAAAGAAAAUAGAUAAAGGGAAAAAAUAUAUAUAUACAUACACACACAGCCAUAUAUAUACACACAUAAAGUGGAAUAUUCGUUGUGGAAAAAACCAAAAUCUUGCCAUUUCCAGUACCAUACACAACUCUACAGGGUAUUUGGCUGGGUGCAAUAAGUCAGAGAAUGACACAACACAUGAUUUCACUUAUAUGUGGAAUUUAGAAAACAAAAGGAAAAUAGUCUCAUACAUAGAACAAAUAAUAUGGUUGCCAGAAGGGCAGGUGUGUGUGAAGUGAAAGAAAGUAAGAAAGUGAAAGCGAAGGCGCUCAGUUGUGUCCAACUCUUUGCAACCCCAUGGACAGUAGCACGGCAGGCUCCUCCAUGGAAUUUUCCAGGCAAGGAUAUUAGCGUGGGUUGCCAUUUCUUUUUCCAGGGGAUCUUCCUGACCCAGGGAUGGAACCCCAGUCUCCUGCACUUCAGGCAGACUCUUUACUAUCUGAGUCACCAGGGAAGCCCUUGUGUGGGAAGUAGGAGAGGUUUAAGAGGUAGAGGUCUACAGUUACAUAAUGAAGUGUAGUGUGUAAUAUAUAAAAUAAAGAGUAUAGUCAGUGAUAGUAACUCUGUACGGGGACAGAUGGCUACUAGACUUACUGGGGUGAUUAUUUCAUCCUGUAUGGAGGAGCUAAAUAGUUAUGUAGUAUACCUGAAACAAUGUGUUAUCCACUGUGUGCAUGCAUGCUAAGUCAAUUCAGGGAUUGCAUAUGUGGGAGAAAAAAUUGGGGGUGGAACAAUGGUCUCCCUGUUUGUUGAAGGGGAAUAGCUACUGUAUAUAUAAAAUAUUCAAAAUUAGUCUCAUUUUUGGAAACCAAAGGGACAGUGUUACAGAGGACAGUCAUCAAAAGAAUCAGAGUAGAGUAUCUGUGAAGGCUGCAGAUUUGGCCUCUAGAAUUGCAUUUUGAUACCAUUUUAUUAGAAUGUAUCAUGCUUCUCAUAUUCAAGUAAGUAAAGUGUAAUCUUUUUUUUAUAGUGUUAGUUGCUCAGUCGUGUCUGAUUCUUUGUGACCCCAUGUACUAUAGACCACCAGGUUCCUCUGUCCAUGGGAUUUUCCAGGCAAGAAUAUUGGAGGGGGUAAGCCAUUCCCUUCUACAGGGGAUCUUCCCAACCCAGGGAUUGAACCCAGGUCUCCUGCAGUGCAAGGCAGAUUCUUUACCAUCUGAGCCAGUAGGGAGACCCAAUGUUUUUUGUAAUCCUUAGUGAAUCGUGUGCCUUCUAUUAAUGCAAGCAUAUACCACUGCAUUGGGGGCUUCAUAAUAAUGACCCUUAAGUAUCUAUCAUCAUGUUCUCUAGGUUGAAUGGCAUCUGUGAAAAUUUCUUUUCAAAUUAGAUUUAAACAAAGUAUUUGAAAUAGAUAUAUAUUCAUAAUUUACAUUGGGGUUACAAACUCCAGAUUAUUUCUGGAGCUACAAGCUACAGAUUUUUUCUAGCUAUAAUGAAAAUAUUGUAACUACAAUUUCAGACUCAGCCCCCUGAAAUCUGCCUUCUUGGUUGUAAAUAUACACCAUAUGAUUAUAUUCCUACAUACCUUUUUGUGUGUGUGCACUUGAAGCUUUACAUGAAGUGACAAGAUACGGUGAACAUGUAAAAAUUACUAGGAGAUGAAAUUUCAGAAAUAAAGAUAAAAUAGCAAUCUCUUGUGUAUGCUUGGAGUUCAUAUUUUAAUAAAAUUCAUAUUUUAAGACAAGAAAAAAACAUACAUUUCUGUUUGCUUGUGCUUCCUCUCUCCCGAAUGUGCAGUGUGCAUCUGCGUUACACAUAAACCACAGCUCCUCAGAGGUGGGAGUGCCUCCUCGACCGUAAAGGUCAACUUACUUUUUUAUUUCUGACACUAGUGUUCUAGGAUCUUUCCUAGUGGUCCAGUGGCUAAGACUGAACUCCCAAUGCAGGGGGUCUGGGUUUGAUCCCUGGUCAGGGAACUAGAUGCCCCAUGCUGCAACUAAGACCUGGCCAAAUAAAUAUUAAUUAGAUAUUUUUUAAAAAGAGUAGUGUUCUUUCUCAACUCUGUGAGAGGUCAUGGUGACUUAACUGCUUGCUUUGUACGUGGUUACCUGGACUGUAUGUCCUUGGUGAAGUUUAUGAAAAAUGAUCAGCAUGUCAUUUUGAUGAACUAUCCUUUAUCUUGAAAAUGUAUAUACAACUGUGUCUUCGACUUCUAAUAGGCAGAACAGUUCUCAGAGCUUUAUGAGAGUCUCCCAAGUUAUAAUUCUCAGCUUGGCUCAAAUAAAAUUCCCUUUUUCUUU